AGCAGUUUUACUGUACAGCAUGACACCGAAUGUACGGCUAAGAAAUCUUCCUAGUCCUGCGGAAUACCUCCAGGGCUCUCUUCAUAGCGACCUCGGGAUCGUCCUGAUGUACAACUCGAGACCCAUAGACAAUGUACGACAAGCGUACACAGACCCGGCCGAUUCAGUACAAGCCUACAUAGUCUUCACACUACCAUGCCAAGCCGGUACAUUGUUUCUGUCACUGUUGUAUAGAUGUCUUCCGAGAUCGCACGCCUUUCGUGAUUGAAUCUUGGUAUCAUGGACCUCCUUGUAUGCUCUAGAUCACUCAUUUACAUGAUACGACUAUGAAUCUGCUGCAAAGAUUGGCAAGACCCAUCGCCCAGCUUGUUGUGGCAGCGCAAGGGCAAUGUUCCGCUUAAGAGAAUAUCGCGUCUCUUCCCAAGCCAGUCGAGUAACCCGACCCACAGCGGACACAAUUCCGCUGAGCGGUUUGCUCUUUUCACACGCAACGUUCCGCGAGAAACACAACAACAGCGCAUGAUUUCCUGUCCAUACCCAUGAGUCACAGGAUUUGGGAUA